UAAUUAAACUUGAUGAAACGUGGAGCGCAAACGUGUGUAAUUCGAUUCGCAGCUGCAUUAAAAACCGGGAGGAUGUGUACCUGCUUAAUUAUAAUGAGAAAGUUGAAAAUUAUCAAGAGUUUGAAUUAGAAUUUGAUAUCCCACUGGAAUGGGUGGAUUUAAAUACAAAUUUGGACCACAUGAGAAGUUUCUUAGUUUUGGCUGCAAGUUGUAAAAAAUUUAAUCUGUUUAGAGAAGAAAACCAAACAGUAAUGUUUAAAUAUCGACGAACCUUCGCUGAAGUUAUUCAAAAUGGAGAAAGAAAAUUCUAUAUGAGGAAAAGGCAGGAUUUAAACAGCAUUGGAAUACAAGCUGCGUGUGACCAAAUGGGCACAGAUUUCAUCUAUUGGAAAUUAAGCGCCGAAGAGGAUUUAGACAGUGAGGGAGAAUCAGUAGAAAUGAGUGUAUCUUACGAGGAGGAUGAGAAUGCAGGAGAGGUUGACGCGGAUAAGAAUGAGGGAGAGGAAGAGAAGGUUGGUGUGCUUGAGAGUGAGGAAGAUGUAGGGGUGGAUGUGGAGUAUGAGAGUGAGGGAAAGGAAGACGUGGACGUGGAGCAUGAGAGUGAGGGAGAGGAAAAGAAGGUUGGUGUGCUUGAGAGUGAGGGAGAGAUAGGGGUGGACGUGGAGCAUGAGAGUGAGGAAGAGAUAGAGGUGGACGUGGAUCAUGAGAGUGAUGGAGAGAUAGGGGUAGACGUGGAGCAUGAGAGUGAGAUGGACGUCGAUGUGAGAGAAAAAGAGGGGGGAGAGCAUAAGAUGAUAAUGGGAGAGAAAAAAGGUGAAUAAUCUUUUGAAUUGUGAUGGAUUAUAUUUUUAAA